AUGCUCUCCCACGAGGCUGAGGCCGCCUCUGCAGCGCGCUGGGGUCUAGUGCUCCGGGCCCGGAUUGCACCAUUCAUCAUCGUCGUGGCCGGGGAAAUUGCUGUGCAAAUGCAUUUGCUCCGGAGGGAGAGCGUGGCCAUCGACGUGUGCUGGGCGCGGCACCCGGGGGCAGGGGGGCUGCAGCCCGAGGUGCCCAACGCGCUGGCCCGCAAGGGAGCGGGCAGCUGGGAGGAGGAGCCGACAGUGCUGCCCACGCCGGACGAGCCCGUGGCCGAGGCCCGCUUCGUCACCACGGCCCCCCCGCUCGACCUGCUCAACCACCACCCGCUGCUGGAGGACUUCCUGCGGGACGCCCCCCGCCCAGGGCCCUUCCUUGGGGGUGCCCAGCGCCCCGCCCCACCUGACCCACCCGAGCCACUCGCCCCGACGCCUGCACCCAGCCUGGCACGCCCGGAUGAGCCCCCGGCCUUCCCUGAGCCCAGCACGCCCUCCGCCCCCACGGCGCUGAUGGGCAGCAGAGCCGAGGCUGGGGACAUGGAGGGGACACCUGAAAUGGCCAGGCCGGUCUUCACCACGGAGCUGCUGGCCACGGCCGUGGGCCCCGUGGUGCCGUGGCCAGAGCCACGUGCCACCGUCCCCGGGCCGGUGCGCACGGAGCCCCCGGUCACCCCUGCCCCAACCUUCUCCCCCACCGGCCUGCUGCGCCCAGGCCCCGCCACAGUGCCCAGCAGCCCCCCCACCGCCUCCAGCCCCCCAGCCCUGGCGGUGCCCCCCAGGCUGCCCGGCCCAACUCUGCCCCAGGCCGUGGAGCCCCGGACAGCGGUGACCCCCAGCGCCACGGCUUCUGGGGAUGACGAGGACACCACCAGCACUACCCUCAUCACCACCACCACCAUCACCACGGGGCCGGCGCCAGCUCCGUGCGCCUGGAACCUCACGGGCCCCGAGGGCUCCCUGGAGUCUCCGGAGCCGCCCGGCCCCAGCUCGGGCCCCGAGGGCAGCCUGGACUGCACCUACGCCAUCUCCGUGUACCCCGGCUACGGCGUGGAGAUCAAGAACAUCAGCCUGCUGGAGGGGGAGGCCGUGACGGUGGAGACGGUCGGGGGCGCCGAGCCCGUGGUCCUGGCCAACGAGUCCUUCCUCCUGCGGGGCCAGGUCAUCCGCAGCCCCAGCAACCAGGUGGCCGUGCGGUACCAGAGCCCCGCGCCCGCCCGCGCCGGCGCCUUCCGCUUCCGCUUCCAAGCUUACGUGCUGAGCUGCCGCUUCCCCUCACGCCCGGCCUAUGGGGACGUCUCGGUCACCAGCCUGCACCCGGGCGGCGAUGCCUACUUCUCCUGUGCCGCCGGCUACCAGCUGCAGGGCCCCCGCGCCCUCCCCUGCCUCAACGCCACCCGCCCCUUCUGGAGUGGCAGGGAGCCCCUCUGCGUGGGUGAGUCUGGGCGCCGGACGGGGGACCCAAAGGCUGCCCCGUGGCCUGGGUGCCCGUGGCGCCAGGGCGGGGGCAGUGGGGGUGUUGGGUCCAGCCCCCCAGCGGCACGUCCCGUUGCAGCGGCCUGCGGGGGUGUGAUCCGGAACGCCUCCCUGGGGCGCGUCGUCUCGCCCGGCUUCCCCGGGACCUACAGCAACAACCUGACCUGCCACUGGCUGCUGGAGGCACCGCCCGGGCAGCGCCUGCACCUGCACUUCGAGAAGGUCUCGCUGGCCGAGGAUGAUGACCGGCUCAUCAUCCGCAACGGGAACGGCGUGGAGGCACCGCCGGUGUACGACUCGUACGAGGUGGAGUACCUGCCCAUCGAGGGGCUGCUCAGCGCCGCCCGCCACUUCUUCGAGGAGCUCACGACCGACAGCAGUGGUGCGGCCGCCGGCGUGGCCCUGCGCUACGAGGCCUUCCAGCCCGGGCACUGCUACGAGCCCUUCGUCAAGUACGGCAACUUCACCACCAGCGACGCGGCCUACGCGCUGGGCGCCACCGUGGAGUUCAGCUGCGACCCCGGCUACACGCUGGAGCAGGGCUCCGUGGUCAUCGAGUGCGUGGACCCCACCGACCCGCAGUGGAACGAGACGGAGCCGGCCUGCCGAGCUGUGUGCAGCGGGGAGAUCACGGACUCGGCCGGCGUCGUCCUGUCACCCAACUGGCCGGAGGCCUACGGCAAGGGCCAGGACUGCAUUUGGGGGCUGCACGUGGAGCAGGACAAGCGCGUCAUGCUGGACAUCCGUGUGCUGCAUGUGGGCACAGGCGAUGUGCUGACCUUCUACGACGGGGACGACCUGACCGCCCGCAUCCUGGGCCAGUUCACGGGUGCACGCAGCCGCUUCAAGCUCUACACCUCCACGGCCGACGUCACCAUCCAGUUCCAGUCCGACCCCGGCAGCUCUGUCUCCGGCUACCAGCAAGGCUUCGUCAUCCACUUCUAUGAGGUGCCGCGCAACGACACGUGCCCCGAGCUGCCCGAGAUCCCCAAUGGCUGGAAGACCACAUCUCACCCCGAGCUGAUCCACGGCACCGUGGUGACCUACCACUGCUACCCGGGCUAUGAGAUUGUGGGCACCGACUUGCUCAUGUGCCACUGGGACCUCACCUGGAGUGGAGACCUGCCCACCUGCGAGAGAGUGACCACGUGCAGGGACCCAGGAGAUGUGGAGCACAGCCGCCGCCUGGUCUCCAGCACCAGGUUCCCAGUGGGCAGCACCAUGCAGUUCGUGUGCGACAAGGGCUACAUCCUGGCGGGCACCGCGCUCCUCACCUGCCACGACCGCCAGGCGGGCGGCCCCAAGUGGAGCGAUCGCCUGCCCAAGUGCACCCCGGAGCUGUAUGAGCCCUGCCACAACCCGGGCAUCCCUGAGCACGGUGCUCAAGCCCCAGAGAAGAGGCUGUACCAGGCCGGGGCCACCCUGCGCUUCUCCUGCACUGCGGGCCACGUGCUGCUGGGGGAGGCGAGUCUGCGCUGCGUGCCCGGGCACCCCUCGCAGUGGAGCAGCUCCCCACCGCUCUGCAGGGCCGCCUCCUACGAUGAGUUCUACAGCAAUCGCAACCUGGACGUCGCCAAGGCCAUGCCUGCGGGGGCUGCGCUGGAGGGCACUAACGUCGCUGUCGCUGUUCUCCUGCCCGUGGUCGCAGUGGCAUUGCUCCUGGGCGGCAUUUGCCUCUACUUCUCCAGGCUCCAGGGGAAGCCGUCCCUGCAGCUGCCGCUCUCGGGGUCACACCCCUACGACCACAUCACCGUGGAGUCGGCCUUUGACAACCCCACCUACGAGACCGGAGGCGCGCUGGGCUUCGGCGACGCGUGCAGCGUCAGCAAGGAGAUGUUCGGGGCGGGGGUGCCGUCUGGACUCCACGAUCCCUUCCGGUUCCGCGCUUCGUGGCGGCUGUUAGGACCCCGCAUGUCGGAGUGGGAAGCUUUUGUGCCGGCUUAG